CAUUUUUUCACUUCAUCUAUCAUAUCAAUCGUGCAACAUGGCGAACAUCAUUGUCCCAGAUGGAGUCCAGUCUGGAUUCAAACUCGCGUCGAUCCUCGACACCGACUUGUACAAGUUCACGAUGCAACAGGCUAUAUUCGAAUACUAUCCCACUGCACAAGUUGUAUACCGUUUCACGCACCGCGACAAGGAUCGUCAGUUCUCUAGAACAUGCAUAGAAAAAUUUAAAGAAUCACUGAGCAGUUUCGCCGAGGUACAGCUAAGGCAAGAUGAACGUGCUUGGCUACAGGACACAUGCAAAUAUUUCAAGCCAGCAUAUCUUGAUUAUCUGCAGUCUUACAGGUUUAAACCCGAACAAGUCUCUGUGAACUUUAUCCCGUCAUCCAAUGACCCUGAUAUGGGUAGUGUCAAGAUCGAAGCCAGAGGGUCAUGGCUCGAAACGGUUCUUUGGGAGGUACCUCUCAUGGCAUGCCUUUGCGAGAUGUAUUUCCGGUAUGCGGACCAAGACUGGGAUUACGCUAGUCAAGAAGAACAAGCCAUGCAUAAAGCCAAGUGUCUUUUGGAUGCGCGAUGCAAGUUCAGUGAAUUUGGGACGCGUCGCAGGCGGUCUUUUGUCACGCAAGAUUUGGUCUUGAAGGGAAUCAUGAAAGCACGGGAUGCGCAUGAUUGGAAGGAAGGAUUUUUUGCAACUAGUAAUGUUUACUUCGCCAUGCGCUACAACCUCAACCCAAUAGGAACGAUUGCUCACGAGUGGUUCAUGGGCAUCGCAGCAUUAUGCGAUUACAAAGAUGCUACCGGAACAGCUUUGGACCUUUGGUCAGAUCUUUACGGGGAAAACCUUUCCGUCACGCUUACGGACACCUUCUCCACUGAAGUCUUUUAUCGGGUGCGUUCCAGGAAUUCGAUGGCAAACGCGCCUAAUCAAUGGAAAUUCCUGCGUCAGGACUCAGGAGACCCCAAAGUCUUUGCGCCCAGGGCUAAGCAAAUGUACGAAGAGCGCGGAAUAGACUAUACCCAGAAAGGCAUCAUUUUCAGCGAUGCUUUGAACUACAACAGAGCGAAAGAGUUGAAUGAGCAGUGUCAGCAGCUAGGGCUCCAGUGCUCGUUUGGUAUAGGUACUUGGCUGACGAACGACUUCAAGAAGAAGAGCAGUCAGUAUACGGAACAGAGCAAGGCGUUGAAUAUAGUGAUAAAGCUUGGAUCGAUUGAUGGGAAGGAGUGCGUCAAGAUCAGUGAUGAAAUUACGAAGAAUACCGGAGUUCCAGAAGUUGUGGCAAAGGUUAAAGAGACCUACCAAAUACGACUCUCGACAACCAAUCGUAGACUUGAUUAGUUAGAGACAUUAUACAUUAGAAUCACUGUAGUGGCAUUUAAAGC